AUGGCAAAUGGUAUUGGUAGGUGCUUACGUGAGUGGGGGAUAAAUAAGAUCUUCACUAUCACAGUUGAUAAUGCAAGCUCAAAUGAUAUGACAGUAAAAGAAUUGUCUAAGCAAUUAACAAAAAUGGAAACUAAUUUGAUGAAUGGUACUCACCUUCACAUGAGAUGUAUUGAUGUUCCAUGCAAUGUUCCAACUAGGUGGAAUUCCACCUACUUGAUGUUGCGCAGGGCUGUUGAAUUUGAAAGUGCAUUUUCACAUUAUGCUUCUAGUGAAAUUGGCUUGAGACAUUAUCUUGAGCAUUCUUAUAUUGAUGUUGGAAUUCCUGCAGUUGCUGUUUAUUUGAAGCAAUUGAUAGCAAAUGAAGAUACAAUUUUAAGUGAAAUGACAAAGAAUAUGAAAGAAAAGUUUGAUAAGUAUUGGGGUGAUCCAGAGAAAAUAAACAAGAUAAUUUUUAUCUCAUGUAUUUUGGAUCCACGCUACAAGCUCGAAUCAGUUGGCUAUGUACUUGUAAAGAUGUUUGGUAUAGAUCUGGGGGACACUUCGACUUCCGGGCUUUCUGGCAGUCAAGCAAGCACCCAAAAUAUAAGACUUUUAGAAUUACUCAUGCAAUAUAUAAAAAAAUAUAAAAGUGGGAGUGGAGGUGUUGAUACUAGAACAGAGUUAGAUAAAUAUUUAGGUGAAGAAACUGAGGAUGACACUAAAGAAUUUGAUGUUCUUCUUUGGUGGAAAUUGAACUCAGCUAGAUUUCAUAUUCUUGCGGAGAUGGUUCGUGAUGUAUUAGCUAUUCUGAUUUCAAGUGUGGCAUCCGAAUGUGCGUUUAGUACGGGAGGACGUCUUCUUGAUUCAUUUAGGAGUUCAUUAACUCCUAAAUUGGUGCAAGCUCUAGUGUGUCUUCAAGAUUGGCUUCGAAAUAAAAAAUUAAAACAACCUGUUAGUAUUGAGGAAGAUCUUGAUAAAAUCGAGCAGCUUGAAUAA